AAUCAGAGGAGCUCCUCCUUCGCUUCGCUUCGUCUCCUAGUUUGGUGCUUUCCAGAAAUCAUUUUGUUGUCGGGAAGUUUUGACCGUUAAAAGUUCAUCUGAAGAAGUGUUUACUCGGUGUGACAUACAACCCCUGUUGGUAUCAUCUAGAGACAUCUCAGAGACAUCUCAGACAGGCACUUGUAAACAUUUAGUCGAGGAGAUUUCUGGCAGAAAGCUCUGAAGGCAAACCUCUCCCAUUAACAUGUCUUCUGCUGCUGUGCUGGCAGCAGUUGAACCUAGGCUGCAGCGUCUCUUUGCCUGGUUUGACCCUGAAGCUGCUGCGGUGGUGACCAUCCUGUUGGGGCUGGUCCAGGUGAUCCUGUGUGUCCCACUUGCUCACGCUGACCACACUCUGCCAAAAUUCUUCAUACUGCCACUCAUCUUAGGAAUUGUAAUUAUGGCAGCAGGAUCAUUCACUAUUGCCAACGAGAAGAACACCAGCAAACUACUGCUUCAAGGUUGUGCGUACAGUCAUGCGGUUGGCCUGCUGGGGGCGCUGCUGGCCUUCUGCCUCUACUGCUACAGCCUCAGCUUGGAAAACCAGACGAAGAUGUGUGAGCCCGGUUCUGUUGCUACUGACUAUCACUACAGAGGAACACAUUACCCGUGUUUAGAGAGUCUCCUGGAGGCCUACCGAUGGAGUUUGAUACUGCUGCUGCUGCUAUUUGACAUCGGGGCCGUGGUCCUGCACUGCCUCCUUUCUGUCUCUGCCCUCAAAACACUGAAAACAAACUGACACACACACACACGCACACACACGCACACACACACACACACACACACACACACACACACACACACACACACACACACACACAGACACACACACAGGAAACACACAUGCUAUACAUGUUGAAAUACUCCAUAUCAACAGUAGAAUUGAAAAGCACUUAAUUUCCCUGACAACAUUUUUGAAGGGUUUCUGUAUUAGUGGAUUUGGUGACACCUCUGUGAGUUUUCAUAAUACAGAUCGGAUGAGCUCUGUGUCUCGACAUCACAGAGUGUAACAACGGACACAGUAACACUUGUGACACAGAUGUGACAAGAUUAUAUUAAUUAAAUAGUCGGUAAAUAAGUGAUGACAAAUUUGAAUUACAAAUAAAAUAAAUGGAAAAUAAUAAAUAUCUUCCUGAUUGGCUGGCAGGUGUCCAAUAAAAUCAUAAAACAGCGCACCUCAAACAAAGGUGAUGUCAUGAGAUAAUUCAUUCAUAUCAAACACUGGUGUUAUAGAGCUAGACUGGUAGGCGAUAUAUCAGCCCACAUCAGCUUACUGCAGGUAUCAUAUAUAUAUAUAUAUAUAUAUGGAGUCAGAUCAGUCUCAAUAUUAAUGAAUGCUCACUGAAGGAUUCACAAAUGUGUUUUGGGAUUAAUAUAUAAAUGACUUAAAGUAUUUUUCGAAGCACACAAGAAUAGUAAAAAAAAAAAUGCACAUAUAAAAAAAAAUAAGGUUCACAAAUAUAAAAUAUAUAAUAUAUAUUAUGCUUGCCAGGCAGGGCCAAAGGGCUUGUUGUGUUUGCCCUUCUUCCUGUUUGGUCUUUCUCUCCCCCCCCCCCUCCUCUGUGUUCUAACUACGUGAUUGGUUUCCACCUGUGCAUUCUGGUCAUGCUGCCUAUAGGUUCCCUCAGACAUGGAGCUGGCCAAUUAACAUCUGGGGUUUCCUAUAAAAUGAGCCCGUCUUCAGAGUUCAUGCUCUUGUUUUUGCCUGCCUGAGAUUUGCUGCAUUGCUUUAGAAAAACCUGUUAAAGACAUUAGAAAAAGGUGUGUGGUGGGAGGUGGAGGACUAUAGGUACGCUGGGGUACCCUUCCCAACUUUCACUCACGUAGGGAUGUUUUCUGUCUAGAAAAAAGAGGUUAUUGGUCGGUGCCACCGUUGUAUUCAGGGUCAAGUUAGUCAGGCCUUCUUUUUGUGCUCUGGUUUUAUUAGAUAGCAGUUAGUUUGGCCUAGUUUUGUUUUCUUAAUUUCUGUUUGUUUGGCACAACCACCUUGUCCCAUCCUCCCCCACACUUUGGGGAUUAUUUGAAGUAUCGUGUUAAGCAGAAAAUAAAUCACCCUUUUCUUUUCCACUUCAA